CACACAGACAUGAUGCUAACCCACAGAUACAGUKGGACUUCUGUGCUUCACAUAGGAACAUAGAGUUACUGAGAUACACACCACAUUACCAGCGAUAUAGAUGAUGUGUUUGUGUUUUGUCUCUCCCAGGUCUCUGGAGCAGCUGCUGGUCUCUCUCCAGUGGGGUCGACAGCAGACCUACUACCCCAGUGCCCAGCCACUCAGCACGGGAGAACUAGCUCUGGCCAAUCACAAGCUGGCAGAAGCCAUCAACUCCCGCCUGCUGGGUUCGGUAGGGCCUGUAGAGAGCAGCAGUGGAGCCGCGCUGGGGAAAGGAAGACAGGCCUCAGAGCUCCCGAACACCUCACACACGCCUGCUGAGAAGAUGGCCGAGAAGGUGUUGAAGAUCCUGGACCCUAUUUCCUGUUCAGACAACGAGGAAGAAACCUCCCCACUCUCUAUCUCUGACUCCUCCCCCUCGGCCUUCCUGACCAAUAAGAAGAGCAUUGGCCGGUUCCACCCUUACACGCGCUAUGAGAACAUUACCUUCAACUGCUGCGAGCGCUGCAGCGGAGACAUCCUGGUACUCUAGGGGUCAGAGGGCAGGGGUCGUGACCUUUAACCUGGACAGGAACACCAGUCGUCUCUCUCUCUCCGUCGAACCGUCUGGUUCCCACAGCGGUCUCAGAACGGGACCUGACUGGAAGUAUGGCAGAAGCGGACGAAACAACCGCCGGUUUUAAUUGGCUGAUCUCUCAGUCCAUCACCGUCUCAUAACCCUUAGAACCUCCCACUACGUUGUGGGCUUCAGAACGUGAGCAGAGCAAGUGAUUUAAGAACAAGGAAGUUGAGUUCGCGAAAAUCUGAAAGUACUCAUCUUAGAAUAAUUUGGGCUUCUCAAAAAUAAUAUGGUCAAAAUGAUAUAACACGUGUCAAAGUCAUUCACGGACGGCCGAGUGUCUGUGGGUUUUUGAUCCUUCCCUGUACUUGACUGAUGAAUUGAGGUCACUAAUUUAGAAGGAACUCCCCUCACCUGGUUGUCUAGGUUACUAAUUAGUAAGGAACUGCCCUCACCUGGUUGUCUAGGU